AUGUCACCAAACGUGCAUUGGCGGCAGCAACAUGAAUCGAGCAACAGCACCGCGUCCGGUCGCAGCGACAACAGCGUCCGCUCGUACGAGACGGCUCCGACUGAGUACAGCGACCGACGACCAUCGCUAGCGCACAGUGCGACAUGCUACGCACGAGUAGAAGGACGCGGACGAGACUAUUUCGCGCCCAAAGAUGACCGCGAGCGAUAUGAGAACCCUCCUGCCCGCACCUCAGUCGACACAUAUGCCUCGACUUCAGAGGAAGACCUUACCGAUGAGCUCGACGAUAUGCCUGACUACGAUGUCCCACAGUCCCACUACGACCCCCUUCCCUCUGAAGCUAUUCCCACAACGCCCCGCGACUUUGGAGAGCUCUUCCCCACAGCCAAGCGGAUAUCCAUACGACACGACGAUGCUACGAUUGACGGGAACAUGAACCUAAGAGUCGACACACAGGUUGAAGAACGAGGCCACAGGAAGCAGAGUUAUACCCUCUUCCAUCUUCGCAUGAAAGAUCUACGCACCCGCGAGUUCUCCCUACGCCGAUACUGCAGGGAGUCUGGCCGCGAAGUCUGCCACUCAAUCCGCAAAUACCAAAAGCCACCGGCGGAGAAACGACCAGUCUUGCAGCGCGCAAGCACAGCGCUGGCCAACCUAGUCAAGCCUGACUCGCGCCCCGCCACAUCAUCAGGUCUCACACGUGCUGACUCUGGCUAUGAGUCGGUGCGUGGCAGUGUUAACGAGCGAGCAGACGAGGACGUGGCGGAGUCACGCCCCAAGUCCGUAGGCUACAACAAAGGCCGUGCCCUGAUCCCCACCAACACCAUCAAGCUCGAGUUCUCCAACUACGCACACCUUGAUGUGAAGCGGCGCGGCGCAAAGUCGCACAAGCGCUACGCGUUCGAAUACUGGGGGCAUGACUACUCCUGGAAACGCAUUGUCAAGUCAGAGAGUCAACGCGACCAAGAGAACGUGUCCUACUACCUUGUUAGAGAUGACAACGAUAAGGAGCCGCUGGCGCACAUUUGUCCUGUGCCGCUGACGCUGGAGGAAGCAAGGGAGGAGACGGCGAGGGGAGGCUGGGUGCCGCCAUGCUAUAUGCGUAUUACCGGUGACAAGAUUCUAGAGUCCGACACGGACAUUUCAGAUGUCGUCGUCGCAACAGGCCUGAUGACCCUCGUGGACGACUGCAUAAAGCGUCGCUUCCACUCAAAGCGCAGCACCCAGUUGCACAUUCCACUUCUUCGGACUCCGUCGUUCAAGAUGAAUAUGGAGUACAUUGGACCCAAGCGGCUUAUUGAUGAGGUGUUUCAUCGGAAACACCAGGACGGCGGAAGCCCCAAAAAACAACCAUCUACGUCACGCUGGGGUCCCGAGUGA